CAAAUAAGUGGGCGAGCCCAAAGAGAGAGAGAAGUUUGGGCGUUUGGCGCUGGCGGAGAAUAAUCGCGGCACAAAGCCCACGAGCUUCGUCACCCAAUUGAGCGCCUUCCCUCGCUGUUCGCUUCGUGGAGUCGCCGCCGGCCUCUUCAAAUGGAGCGGAGACUGUAGCUGUAGAAGGAGGACCCCGGUGGAGAGAGAGUAGUAGACGGCUGCGGCGGAGGUCGGGCGGCUUUGUAGAGAAGGUCCACUGAAGUGGUUUUCACCAGAUAGGAACGGUUUGAACGCCGAUUCCUCGGUAAGGACUUUGCGAGUUUGUUGCAGUUCCGACGGCUCAGUUUUUGGAGGGCUCUCAUUCUUCUCAGACCUUUGUAAUGGAACGCUCAAGUGUUUCUUGAUAGAAGAAUACCAAUGGGCUACUCUGUGGUGGUCACUCCGUCAACCGUAGCGGUAAUGGCGAUUUGAUUUCUUCGGACAGGGGGUCUCAGUGAAUAAGGUCUUCAUUCACGAACGGUGAAUCAACUCUCCUUGAGCUUUGCAGAGCUGCAGAGGCAUUAGGAACUAUGCAGCAGGUCUCCCGCAAGAUGCUAAAGCUGGGAUUUGGGGUUCGGUUUCGUAUUAGGAAGUUAUGCUCUGUCUCAGGCAUUGCCCGAGUUGAUUAUGAAGACUGUUCAAUACGAGAUGAUGCUGCAUCUUCGAAACCCGGCAUCCAGAUUACUCCAAACAUGGUGGAAAUCAACUCUCAGUUGAAGCUGCUGAUCAAGACUAACCGUUUGACGGAUGCUCGGGAUAUGUUCGACAAAAUGCCUUGUAGAGAUGAAAUUUCAUGGACCACAAUUAUAUCUGGCUAUGUGAGUGCCAUGGACAGUGCCGAAGCAUUGACAUUGUUUUCGAGGAUGUGGGUUGAGCCUUUGCUCCAAAUGGACCCCUUUGUAAUAAGCCUUGCGCUGAAAGCUUGCGGGCGGCACUCGAGUAUUCGUUUUGGUGAAUUAUUACACGGAUACUCGAUCAAAUCUGAUUUCGUUAGCUCAGUUUUCGUGGGGAGUGCUCUCUUGGAUAUGUACGCUAAAGUCGGUAAAAUUGACAGAUGUCUCAUGGUGUUUGCUGAUAUGCCUCUGAGAAAUGUGGUUUCUUGGACUGCUAUUAUAACUGGACUUGUCCGCACUGGCUAUUAUAAGGAAGGAUUGAUUUACUUCUCGGAAAUGUGGAGGUCAAAAGUUGUUUGUGAUUCGUACACGUUUGCAAUAGCGUUGAAAGCCUGUGCUGAUUUGGGUGCUUUGGAUCGUGGGAGGGAGAUUCAUUGUCAGACUAUAAAAAAAGGAUUCCAUAUCUGCUCAUUUGUGGCCAAUACUCUCACUGUCAUGUACAAUAAGUGCGGGAAAUUGGACUAUGGUUCACGUUUAUUCGAGCAGAUGGAGUUGAAAGAUGUUGUUUCAUGGACAACAACUAUAGCAACAUGUUGUCAAAAUGGGGAUCAUGAAAAUGCUGUCAUAGCCUUUAGAAGAAUGCGGGAAACUGGUGUGAGUCCAAAUGAAUACACUUUUGCAGCAGUGAUGACUUCUUGUGCUAAUCUUAGGAGACUUCGAUGGGGUGAACAAUUACAUGCUUAUGUUUUCCGCUUGGGAUUAGUUGAUCAUUUAUCAGUGACCAAUUCCGUCAUAACCAUGUAUUCAAAAUGUGGUCAGCUUGACUUAGCUUCCAGCAUUUUUGAGAGGAUGACUGAAAGAGACAUCAUAUCAUGGAGCACUUUAAUUGGAGAGUACUCUCAAGGAGGCUUCGGAGACAAGGCUUUUGGUUACCUAUCCCAGAUGAGAAGGGAAGGCCCACAACCAAAUGAGUUUGCUCUUGCUAGCGUUCUAAGUGUUUGCGGGAACAUGGCGAUUCUCGAGCAAGGAAAACAGCUUCAUGCUCACACAUUACGCAUUGGUUUGGAACAGGAUGCCAUGAUACGAAGUGCUUUAAUCAAUAUGUAUUCCAAGUGUGGCAGUAUACCAGAAGCUUCGAAAGUGUUUUCUGAGGCUGAAAAUGAUUGCAUUGUGUCCUGGACUUCCAUGAUCAAUGGUUAUUCUGAGCAUGGGUUGAGUGAGCAAGCAAUUACUUUGUUUGAGAAAUUUCGAACAUUAGGUUUAAGACCAGAUUCAGUUACCUUUAUCGGUGUUCUCACAGCUUGCUGCCACGUUGGAUUAGUUGACCUUGGUUUUCACUACUUCAAUAUGAUGAGCAAGGAAUAUGAGAUUUUUCCUUCAAAGGAGCAUUAUGGCUGCAUGAUUGAUCUUCUUUGCCGAGCUGGACGACUAAAUGAUGCUGAGGGCAUGAUUGAGAGCAUGCCAUUUCAACAGGAUGAUGUCGUUUGGUCAACUCUUCUCAGAGCAUGUAAGAUCUAUGGAGAUGUUGAUCGUGGAAAACGUAUUGCUCAGAAGAUUCUGGAACUAGAUCCUAAUUGUGCUGGCACGCAUAUUACCCUUGCUAACCUGUAUGCUGCCAAAGGGAAGUGGAAGGAAGUAGCUGAAGUGAGGAAAAUGCUAAAAUGGAAGGGUAUAACUAAGGAGACUGGAUCUUCAUGGAUAAAGAUGAGGGAUGAGGUUUCUACAUUUGUAUCUGGCGAUGACACUCAUCCACAGGCAAAAGAUAUUUACAAUGUACUAGGUUUGCUAUCCUUAAGAGAAGAUGAAGAUGUCAUGGGGAUAGGUUAUGGUCCCGUUAAUGUUGAAGAUCAGCAAAUAAAUGCGUUCUUGUAUUGAUCUGCACAGGAGGAUUAAUCAUUAAAUUGUCGUUAUGACUUGAGCAGGAGGUCUUAUUGGCUAAAGAUGUCUUGUGAUAUCUCAAAAGCUGAAUCUUCCACGUUUACUCUAUCAUUUGAUGGUUGUGAUUAAGUGCACAAUUAGCAUUGACCCAUUGGAUAAUGGGUAAGGCCUGGCUCAGGAACUUCCCACCAUCAAUCAAUAUUGGUUAAUCCACAUUUAGCAUCAGAGAGGGGCUGUCUGCAGUUUGCACAUACUGAAUUCUCGAUCCAUCAUCUUUCUAGCAUAUGAUCGAGAAGGUUCUUCUUUGAUGCAGAGAGCAAAGAAAGAAAUAGGUAAAGCUCGCUAUCAAAAAUACUGUUGCUAGAUACAGUUGCUUAUCCACAACUGUUAGUUCACCCUUAAUAGGAUCUUGUGCAUGCUCGUUAUUCCCCGAUUUUCUCUCUUGCCUCUCCAAGCCCAGUUCCAAUCAUACAGUCCUAAUGUUUCUGCUUUUGGGUGUUUUUAGAAACUUCAGAUAGAUUUAUUUGUAGUCGUGGCAUUAAUGGGUUCUCUCUUUUCCGGCAGGUUUUGCACAGAGCCAAUGGCUACUGUUCACAGCUUAGGCGAUUUCUUUCUGCCGGGCACGAGCAGAACCUCUGUGGAUGGGUCAGUUACUAAUGCGAUAUCUCGCUCUUUUAUGCCUUCGUCACAUGAUCCAUCCUUGCUCAACAUGGUCUCUUCAGGCUUCCUUGCAGGUAAUUCAAUUCUCUUCAUCCCCUGCUCUUUUAGUUUGUUGUCUUGAACUUGUCUGCUUUCCAGAUAUGGGUUGAAUCAUUUGGAGUUGCUCUUGAACCUUAUGUUGCAGUUAGAGGACCUAAGAACGAAAUAACUGAAGUUGGAGUGAUCCUCUCUCAUGGUUAGUGAAUAUAUACCUCCAUAUGUAAAUGUGAGCAAUCGCCAAAUUGAGAUUUGGGAACUUCAUCGUAUUGAUUAACCACUCUCCUUUGCCAUAAGAUUUCCAAAUUGAUAACUACUGAUUUCUCCUGCCUUCAUACGGUUCAGUAAGUGGGUUUUUCAGGGAUCUAGCAUAUUUGGCAUCUAAUUCCAGAAACUCUUUGUGCAGUUUUUUCUACCAUGGUCGGCAUCUUCUUCGAUCAUGUUCUGGGCAUCAUUGUCAUUGAUCUGGUGGGGAGAAAAUAUUAUGAUCCAUCCCAGCCAGAUUGAAGCAGAGAUCAACUUGUCCAGCAUGACAUAGCAAGUGGCAAGAAUACCAUCAAAGGUUACUGAAUAUUGUCUUAGCCCAGUUUCUAUACAUAAUGAUUGGAUUUAUAGUUUGAUGUAAACAUAAAAGAGAAACAGUAACAAUGUGUGCAACAUUUUCUGUUACCUCAUAAAUUUGCAAGAGGCAAAAUUUUGUUGUACUAGGAACACUCCUUUUACCAUAAGUUUCAAGAAGUUUAAUCAUAUUACCAUAGCUGAUACUUAAUAACUGUCACGUAACGAACACAUAAACGAAAAUUCGGUCC